UUUUAUGGUUGUAAUCACCUUUUUCGUUCCAUUUCUCUGACCUUCUGCGCUGUAACGUACCAUCUAUCAAAUUAAAAGUUAAGAUAUUUAAAAAAUAAGAUUUCUUUUUUACAAUCGAGUAAAUAGCCUAAUCAUUACACUUUGAUGUACGUUUUAAAUAAAUAUGUUCUGUUAUUGGGGCUUGCCGCAAUUCCUUGCGCGCUGGUGCGUUCCUUUGCGCAAGACGGAAGCGACUGGCCUACUACGGAUUUCACAAGACGUUGCUUAAAAGCGAAAGUUUAGCACGACAGUAACCACGGUUCUUUUUUCGAUUAAGAUUUUUUUUUGAAGUCAUGGAGUACAUUAUUGUUGUGCCCGCAUGGAGCAAUGCGCAGGCUGUCUAUGGUGCAUUCAAAGUGUUCAGAGUGUGAGGAAGAUAAACGAACAUUCAGAGACCGCGGGGAGUAGGCUACAGCAUUAUAGAAGAAAAAUCAUGGCUCCACAUCCCAUAAUCCAGGGAAUAAUCGACUUCUCGGCUGGAGCAAUCGGUGGGACAGCAUGUGUGCUGAGUGGUCAGCCGUUUGACACCGCAAAGGUCAAGAUGCAGACAUUCCCCACCAUGUACCGUGGCUUUAUCCACUGCUUCACAUCGACCUUCAGGCAGGUGGGCCUCAGUGGUCUCUACAAAGGCUCGACCCCGGCCCUCAUCGCCAACAUCAGUGAGAACGCUGUGCUCUUCUUGAGUUAUGGUCUCUGCCAGGAUGCUAUUCGCUUUAUGUCCAGGAUGGAUAAAGGAGCACAUCUCAGCGAUAUCCAGAAGGCAUCUGCGGGCUCUUUAGCCUCCAUCUUUUCCUCUAUAGUGAUAUGUCCAACCGAGCUGGUGAAAUGUCGCCUGCAGGCCAUGCACGAAAUGGAAGCAACUGGCAAGAUUACCAGUGGACAGAGACGCACAGUGUGGUCAGUAGUGAAGACAGUGUUGAAGACAAACGGCCCACUGGGUUUCUACCAAGGACUGACGUCCACCAUGGCCAGGGAGAUACCCGGAUACUUCUGCUUCUUUGGGGCCUAUGAACUGAGUCGGUCUAAAUUUGCACAGCACAUGGGCACGGACAAGGACGGUAUAGGUUAUCUUCCACUCAUGUUCAGUGGUGGAUUUGGGGGAGCUUGUCUGUGGUUGAUGGUCUAUCCCAUAGACUGUGUGAAGUCCAGGAUCCAGGUGUAUUCAUUAACUGGGAGGCAAGACGGCUUCAUGAAGACCUUCAUGGGUAUCAUACGUACUGAGGGGAUCACUGCUCUGUACUCGGGCCUGACUCCUACCAUGAUACGCACCUUCCCUGCCAACGGAGCCCUCUUCCUGUCCUAUGAGCUGAGUCGCAGGUUCAUGAUGGAGAAAGCUGGGAACUGAUGUGGAGCAUCUUGACACUUGAAGAAAGUGUGACGCAUGUUUCCCUCCUGUGAUCCACAGUGAUUUGAAAUAAAGUCUGAAUCUUAACAUCCCCAAGUCAAAGUGCGACAUUUACUGUGAAUAUACUUCAUCGUGGCCCGAAGACUACGGUUGUACCUCGUCACUCGUUGCUCAGUGAGUCAAAUCAUGUCAAGAACUCAGAGAGCGGAAUAUAGACAGAGAGCAUUUUCUGUGGUAAAGUAGCAACAACUUAUAAAUAGAUAAAUAAAGCUUUUCAAAAAUAUAAUGGUAAAUGCAUGUCCUGAGGAAAUGGCUAUGUUUAGACUGAAAACCUCUCUCUUUAAAAACAUUUUUCUGUGUUUCUUUUAUUUCAUCUUUGCUGAAGCAGAUUCUUAGCUGGCUGCCUCACCCCUGGAGGGUCCUGUUCACACUAAACUUCUGUGUCCACAGAAAACACAAUGUCUUUAUGCACCGGCGUUAAAAUCGCUUGAAAACCAUAUUCUGUGAAAAGAAAAGGUAUUUUUUGCUGAUUUUAAAUUAUACCUUGAGAGUUGUAGUUUGAUGCUGGAAAUGUGGUGUGUUGAAACUCAUUCUCAUCCUUUUUUCUCAUCUGGAUUUUUCCAAUCUGAGAAAAAUCCAUGUCAUCACUACAUGUUACAGUGAUGACACCAACACUUGUUCUUCCAUUUUUUCCCUGUGAAAGGGUUUUUUCUAUCUCUUGGGAGUUUUUCCUGAUCCGAUGUGAGGUCCAGGGACAGGGAUGUCGUAUGUGUACAGACUAAAGCCCUCUGAGGCAAAUUUGUAAUUUGUCUUAAUGGGCUAUACAAAAUAAACUGAAUUGAAUUGAA